AAAGUGCUCCAGCCCCUAGCGCGCCGGGAUCCUCGCCUCCUCGAGUUUGAGGAGCGGAAAUGGCCAGCGCGGGAGAAGCGCUUUGUUCUUUGGCGGCGCCGCGGCGGUGGUUCGCGUGAGGCGCUGCAGGCCUCUCUGGCUAGAGGGCGGGAGACGGAGAAGCGAGCGAGCCCCGAGGCGAAGGGUGUGCGAGCGAGAGCGUGGCGGGGCUUCCCUCCUCCUCGGCCAGCCUCCUCUUCCGCGAGCGCCUUCUUCGGCCCCCUUGACGCGCCCAGCUGGGGUGGAGGAACCGCGUUCAAAAGCAGCGCGAGCCCAGCAGCUUCCCUCAGUGGCUGCGGGGGACGCCCGGGCGUCGUCGUCGUCGUCGGAGAAAAGGCUCCCGGGACCCCGAAGCCUCCUCUCCUUCCCCGGGUCUUGGGGGAACUUUGUUCCGCCGGCGGCGACGGGAGGAUGUUGGAGGGCGGCUGCAAAGCCGUGAAGGAGGGCGUGCUGGAGAAGCGCAGCGACGGCUUGCUGCAGCUGUGGAAGAAGAAGCGCUGCAUCCUCACCGAGGAAGGGCUCCUGCUUAUCCCGCCCAAGCAGCAGCAGGAGCUGGCGGUGGCGGUGGCGGCGGCUCCUCCUGCUCCGCCGCCUGCUGCUCCUCUCCCCGGCCUGGAGACGACGACGACGACGAGCGCGGCGCCCUCCGUCGUCGCCAAGAUCAAGGAGCUGCCCUUCUCCACCAUGAAGACGGUGGACUGCGUGGAGCGCAAAGGCAAGUACGUGUACUUCACGGUAGUGAUGGCCGAGGGCAAGGAGAUCGACUUUCGGUGCCCGCAGGAGCAGGGCUGGAACGCCGAGAUCACGCUGCAGCUGGUGCAGUACAAGAACCGCCAGGCCAUCCUGGCCGUCAAGUCCACGCGGCAGAAGCAGCAGCACCUCGUCCAGCAGCACGGGCCGCGCCUGCGGAGCGCCUCCAACUCCGCCUAGCCGGGCCCCAGCGGCAGCCAGGGCAGAUGGAAUUCAAGCAAUGCUUCUGGAAGCAAGGUGGACCCUCUCCAUCAAUCACAACCUUGGCAAACAAAGGGACUGCAGACACAAGGGAGAGCAUCAGUUCUGCUGCUGGAGUCUUUCCACUUUUGGUACUGUCCGUGAUUACUCCGGGGAAGCAUUUCAACUCUUGUAACUUUGACUACUGCUUACGAAGAUUUGAAAGGAUUAUUGGUCCUGCCGGGCCUCAAAAAAUAUGAGAUUGUUGCUGCCAUAUUCUCCCCCCCCCCAUCUCUUUUAUUUUUUAUGUUAAUUUAUUAGUGGAUACUUUUGCAAGGUUUUUCUGAAUGUAGGCCAUUUAGAAAGGAAUCACACACAGAGCAUAGUUGCAUUGGCUAUAUUGCUACACUUGAAGGGAGGAGGAAGGCAGAGGAGAGAAGGCGAUGUUGACGAAAUGAAGAGAUGUACCAGAAUAUGGACUUUACAACUAGUCCGUCCCCCCAUGUCACUUUUUACAUCCAUUUUCUGUUUCCACAAGUGAGAGACUAUUAUGAAACUAAUGUGUGAAAUAUGUCCCGGAAUAAGGAAAGCAAUGACUUGGAACCUGAUUUCUAGGUUGCUUUAAUUUUUAUUAUAUGUUCAUUUGGAGAGUAUUAUAUUUUGUAUUCAGUAGUAAAUGCAUUUGGGUAUGCCACUUGUAUGUAUUCCUGCUUCGUGAAGAAGCUAAGGAAAUCUGACUUCAUGAUCAAGGAUAAUCGAUUUAAAAAUACAAUCAUGUUAUGUUCUUUUAUUCAGAUAAUAGAACCAUGCAGAGAACUGUUCAGUGCACUUCUUUGUUUAAGUUUGGGGCCCUGUCUGUAAUGUUUCUCAGAGCUGUUACUUGAUUCUGUUCAUAUAAUUCUAAAACCUCUUCAGAUGCUACACUAAUCAUCCUAUCCAGUAAAUGUCUUACUGUUUAAUUGAGGAACUUUCCCAUAAUUCCUGUAAUUGAGUUCCCUAGAUGAGCCUCAGCGCAACAUUUUCCAUUGCCCCCCUGCCAUAGCCUCUAAGAACACAGGACAUUUCAGUCAGGGAGCAGCACUUAAAAAAAAAAAACUAAGCAAAGAUUCUGCUUUUUUUGUUUGUUUCUAUUUACAGUCUUAAUAUAGAACAACAAGUAAGGCUUCUAAUAACUUUGUUUCUUUUCAAAAGUUAUUUUUAAACUGAUUCAUUCAGUUACAAGGAGCCUAACGUAGUUAAUUGGAUAAGGGAAGGCCUUGGGUUUUGCAAGCAUUUUGUUGAACUUAAAUCCAACUUAACCAGACAUUGUUGGGCACCUGCUGAUACUCAAAGCAUAGGUUCCUCUGAGUACCCAAGACUGUUCUCCUCUUUGCUGUUAAAACCUGUUUACCUGAGCAUGCAGGCACUCUAGGUAGAUAUAUAGAUUAGGCAAGUAAAUAGAUUGCAGCAACAACCAGUAAAGUCAUUCAGGGAGGGACCUUAUGAAACCUGCCUUGCCCAAAAGGUUCCCCAAAAGCCAACCCUGUUAUAAAGGGUACCUUGUGGUUCCUUUUAUCAUUUCCAAGUUAGUCUAAGUCUGCCAACAACAAAUAAUGAGAUUUUGCAUCCAUUAACAACGGGUUAGUAGUACUGCAGAGCGCGCACUGUUAAGAAUGCAGGCCUAUACAAGUUAUGAAUGGCCUGUCUUAGGCUUUGGUGAUACCCAGUGUUCGUCAUACUCUGAGUAGAACUAUUGAAAUCAACAGGCUUACGUCUAUUGAUUUCAGUGGAUCUAAUCUUCAUGUCUGUUGACAGUAUUCCUGGCUUCUUUCCUCAACAUUAUCUAAAUAGUGUUUAAAUGUUUGUAAAAUAAAUCACCCCGAAACACCAGUGGUUUCAGAAACAGGAUUUACAUUAUUAGUUUUGCCAGUCUCGUUUUUCCCACCCAAAUCAUUGAGAGCCCCUCUCUUCCUGUCUACCUCCACUUCCACGGUUUAAUGUUAUGGAAUGGGGAAUUGGACCAAAAUAUUAAAUUCCAUGCUCAAUUUCUUGAGGUUAACUGAUGUUGUCAUAACUUCUCAAUACAGUGGUACCUCUGGUUAUGAACCUAAUUCAUUCUGGGGGUUCGUUUUUAACCUGAAACCAUUCUUAACCUGAGGUACCACUAGCUAAUGGGGCCUCCCGCUGCCGCCGCACGAUUUCUGUUCUCAUCCUGAGGUAAAGUUCUUAACCUGAGGUACUACUUCCGGGUUAGCAGAGUCUGUAACCUGAAGUGUUUGUAACCUGAGGUACCACUGUAUACUCUGUUUUUUUAAAAAAAACAACAACAAACGGUGGCAGAAGUCUUCAGUCAUGCCAACUUUUGUUAUUUUUCACAAUGUAUUGGAAAACUUUGAUGCUAGCUAAGCCUUGUAAUGGUGGAUUCAGCUGAUGCUACUGCCUUUAAUGCAUGACUGACUAGGCUAAAGGCCCACAGACAUUAUCUCCAGUCACCUCAGAACAAAUUGUAGGAAAAAUAUGAGAAGUGUGAAGGAAUCAUGCUUAUUCUCUGAUAUGAGGAAUAAACAUCUUCACUUUUUGUGGCCUCCUGUUGGGCGUAUCUUAAGGACAAACUUCCUUCCCAUCCCAAGUUCAUUUUUUGUACUGAGAAUAUGUGACUUGUAUGAUCAAGUUGGCUGUGGCUUUGUGCUUCUUCACCUGGUCUUUAGGACUGCUUUAUUUUGUAUUACCUUUAAGACUUAGAAGAAAUAUCCACAGGAAUUGCUCCGCUGCGUCUCUGUUGCUAAGAAAUGUCUUUGCAGUGUAUAAAACAGAGGUCAUUCCUAGACUGUUUGAGACUAUGACAGAGGGCAACAACUUUAGGGUUGUCUCCAACUAUGCUUUACUCAGAACAGACCCAUUAUAAAAGUUUCAUGAGGAAAGGACAAAUUUUACCAAGUUCAGGGUAUAGUUACCGUGUUUCUCCAAAAAUAAGACACCGUCUUAUAUUUAUUUUUCCUCAAAAAAACACAUGGUGGCUUAUUUUCAGGGGAUGUCUUUAUUAUUAUUAUUAAGUAUGGUACAGUUUAACCUACAAGGUUAAACUGCCUAUCGCUAUGGCUUAUUUUCGGGGUAUGGCUUAUUUUCGGAGAAACACGGUACUUAGUAAUAAUGGAUGGUUUUGCACAUGUGCUUUUUUGAGCUUCCCCUCUGUGUGAUGUUCUGCAUGGUGCAGAGACCCCACAAAUGGAGCCUGUUACAGUGGCUUCAUUACCAGCCUAUCUCCAAAUAAGGUCCCAAUGAAAAGAAGUUUUACAUUAGUGUUGCAAAUUAAUGGGGGGGGGAAGCAACAGGUAGGCCACCUGUGAUCCUCCUCGGAUGAAGAUAGAACUUUAAUAAAACAAACAAAUUUCUGCGUCAUGGUAAACCUAUGAACUGCAGAGGUUUUUCGUACUUUGCUCCUUUCUGAACAAAAAAUUACAUUGGAACUAGGGAUCAGGGUUUCUUCAACGCCAAACAAACUACAGUAUGAAGCCACAAUUUCUUCUUGGCUUACUAAUUGUGGUUUGUUUGAGCAAAACAAACCAAAAUCACCGGCUUGGAUUUAUCAAGAAGUCAGGGGUCAUGGUUUGUUUACUCAUCCUAGGGGAGGAGUGAAGUUGGAGCAAUCUCCACAUUCGUUAUAAACUUUAUAAUGACGUGCAAACUGGACAUUUGUUUCUCAGUAGGAGAUGCCUGUUUUCAGUUUUCAGAAGAAAGGAAAUCACCCCUGUGGUUUUUCUGUUACAUUUUGGAAGUAAAAAAAAACUCCCUACCCUUUUCUUUUUUGGUUCAUUGUUUUCAAUUCCUGGCUUUUGCAAAGUAGCUGCAGUGAUGUACCAAAUGUUUUCUGGCACAUUGUGAGCUGAAACAAGUGUUAUCACACAAAAUAUGUGUAAAUAUGAUGCAAAUGAUUUCUGAGAGAUGUGAUUUAUUUUUCAAUAUGCAUUCCAUUUCAAAUAAAGAAAUAUUAAUUGAAAUGUUCUCUUGAUAUGGUAUGAAAAGACUACAUCGUCAAAGGAAGAUGGAAACAAGUUUUCUGGACAUAAUCUUCAAUAGACUGCUGUAAAUCUUACAUCUGUGGAAUAUCAUUUUCAUUGAUUCAGCCAUUUUGAGGUCACAACAUAGAAGGUAGCUUUGUUUUUAAAGAAAAUCCAUAAUUGGUUUUCAUUAGAGAGAGGCCUCAUAAGAGAGGCCAGGUAACAAAAUACUAAUAAUUACAGUGGAUCUUUUCAAGAAGGGUUUCCCCCCUUGUGACUCACUUGAAUGCAAGGUGCAUCUAUAACAUUCUGCUCAACAUGACAACCUUCAUCUGUAGGGUCUGUUCCUUUCCUCCUCCACAGCAUGGUCCUUUUGGAGAAAAUUGUGUUUGCCACAGGCUAUAAGCUUUGCUUUCAGGUUGAAGAGUAAUAGAGGCUGGGAGGUAGCGAUUGCACAAGGCCACCCAACAGGUUCACGACUGAGCCAGAAUUCGAUGUCGUAUUUCCAAAGGUCCAGGCUGAAUAUGAUGUUCAUAUGAAAAAAGAGGGAAUUUAGUAGUUCACUAAAGUAUGUGUUAUUAUGUGACUAGGAGCCAUCACAUGACAAGUUAACUCAUUUCCAGUAAGGAGGGAGGGGAAGACACUGAAAAUACUGUAUGUUUUGAAACAAGGCCUUGUCUGUCCAUGCAUGGCAAUUUUCAGCACUCUAGCGCCUGGCAUGCAUUCAGCCAGCAUCAAAACAUUGUGACCUCCCUAUUACCCAAGGGAAUUGCAAAAGGAAUUGCUUAGUCAUCAUCACACAGCAGUUCUGUAAAUCAGUGGGAGGAAUACAUCAUAGUCGUCUUGGAUGACUGAAUGGUGACUCUGGAAUGGUUUCUUUUUCCUUUGCUGAAAGCAAGUCCCUAAUCCAUUCUAUAAGUGUUGGUUUCUUUUCUGAUAACAACAAGGCAGAUGACAUUAUUUCGAAACAUGCCACCACUUUUCUAUUUAAAAAGAGAGAGAGAGAGAGAGAGUCUCGCCCAAACUCUCUUUGGCACAUUCUCCCUGUUGCUCUCCUUUGCCUUCAGCUUGACUGAAGACAAUGUGUAACCUGGCCCAUCUUCACACCCAGGCAAAACAAUAUCCAAGAGAUAUUGUUUGCAGAUGAUGCAGCCUGGACAGUGCACCCUACAGAGACUCAUCGGUCGUUUUGGAGUUCUGCCUCACCAUCAGCCUGAGAAAGACCAACAUGCUGGGUCUUUCACUCCACCCAUCAGUAUUGGUGACCACAUGCUUGAGGUAGUAGACAAUUUUGUCUACCUGGGCUCCGCUAUAAGGCUUUGGGGAAUCUGAUUCCUCCCCCUGUGGCAGUAGAUAAGAUGAUCAAAGAAAGGAAUGUCUUACCAGUUAGAAACUUUAAUAAUCACAGCGAGCGAACAAAGAACACCACCUAGAAAUGGUGGUGCUCCCAAUUAAGGAUCACACCUCCUUCCAUCACUAUUAUUCUACGUCACUCCUACAUCUUGUAAUCUGAGCUUGUACCCUCUGUGGUUUCUGUUCUGAGACUUUCUGAGCUCUUCUUGACCUUGGGCUGAGUGGAGGAAUGCUGUCCAGAGACUGUUUACCCUCUCUCUUCUAGUGUUUCUUCUCCCAGCUGUUCCCCAUCCUGCAUUUCCCAGCUUCUGCCUUCUGAACUAUGUCCCUCUGUAAACCAGUGUUCCAAAUCUAUACUUUCCUCCUGAUCCUGGAAGAUGCAGGAGCAGGAGGAGAGGGUGGCUCCCACCAUUCCUCCUCAGUGCAGCCCUCCUCAGCAUGGUCCUGAAAUCCAGCAACUUUUCCAUUGAUGCUGAGCUGGACAAGCAUAUUAGUAAAGCAGCUACAACAAUUUCUUGCCUCUUCAAAAAGGUAUGGAAUCUUGUGAUGCUAAUAGCCAGUACCAAGAUGAAGGUCUACCAGGCUUGCACGUUGAGUAUGCUGCUUUAUGGAAGUGAGUCAUGGGCAACUAACACCCCCAAGAAUGAUGCCUUAAUGCCUUUCGUAUGUGGUGCGUCAGGAACACUUUGGGCAUCGUACAGCAGGACAAAGUCUCAAACUAAUAUGUGCUUUCCCAAGCCCAUGUUCCCAGCAUGUUUGCACUUCUGUCUCAGUGAUGUAUGCGUUGACUUGGUCAUGACCACAGAAUGGAAGAUGGCAGUUUCCCAAGGACGUGCUUUAUGGGGAGCUGGCUUCAGGCACUAGACCUGCUGGCAGACCAACUCUUGUGUUACAAAGAUGUCUGCAAACAUGUAAUGAAGGCUGGCAACAUUAACCCCUGCCAUGUGGGAAUCCCUUGCAGAUGAUCACAGUACCUGGAGACAGAUGGACAGAUUGUGUAUCUGCAACAGUGACCAGAGAAGGAAUGACUGCUGGGAGGAGCACAGAGAGAAGAAAUACCAUGGUGCACCCCUAGCAGCAAAACCAGACCCCUUCAUCUGCCCCACUUGCAAUAAACCAUGUCUCUCCCAUAUUGGUCUCUACAGCCACUGCAGGCACUGCAACUCUCCAGUGGUUUGACUUUACCCCUGCAGGUGCAUUCUUCUGUUGUCUCCCAAGACAGACGGAUGCCAACAACUUGACUCUCAGUUCAUAUGUUGCAUCAGUUAUUGGAUAGUUGUUAGUGGGUGGGCCACCUCAGGAAGUGAGGCAUUGAAGGGAUAGGUGUACAGUGCAGUCCUAUGUAUACGGAGAGGUAAGCACCAUGGAGUCUGAUGAUGCUUUAUUCCAGAAAACUAUUGUUAUGGGAUUGGAAGGUUGGUUUGAAUGAUGUAUUUUGGUCCCCUCCAGGUCUGUGGUUUUGUAUUUGUCAGGUGGGGAUAUGUAGUAGAAGGAACUGUGGUCAAAACAUUUCUCACCUGGCUGGAGGUCACCUCAUCCUAGAGCCUCAGGGUCUAGUCUGAACUAGUCUUGCCUGGAGCUGGGAAAACACAGAGGCUGGGUGUGCUCUCUCUGCUAGCUCCAAAGCUAUGGCUUGGGGGCCUCCCUAGAAGCCAUGGGCUACUUGCAUUGG